AUGGGUGAUAUACAGAGCGAGGCUCCUACAAAACAGUCUCUUCCCAGCGAGACUUUGCCCAAUGGAUCGCCAAUCAGUUCUCCGCCCGUGGGAACACCAUCAAGCGAGGCUAGCUCCAUAGACGAGCCAAGCAUUGCUACUCUGCCCGACGAUUCCUCUGACCAAGAGAUGUCAGAGAAAAAGGAAUGUGAGUUGGCCAAUCUACUCGGUAGCUUUCGAGCCGGACGGUGGGAUCCAUAUUGCUGCCCUACUGCAUACGAGCUCGUUUACAAUCGAGUUUAUCGCAGAAUAUUCGAAGAGUAUUCUUCCUCUGUUGAAGCUCUCUCCCAUGUCAAUGUCACGUUCGGCCCACUUGGUGCCUACUUUUGCACCGUCAAAGAUGGCCUGUUUUACCGCGACAUUCCUCCCUCGCUCGUCUCUAAGCUUGAAGCUGUCGAAGUCGAACCUCGUCAAGUUGCUUUGGGACGUGGCAAUGCAUGGGUUGCUAUAUGGAAGGACGGCACCUUCUCCUACAACUUAGGAGCACACUAUAGCGAUCUAGCAGAUGCGUUGAAUGAGCGCUUUAAUGAAAACGCUGAGAUUGCCUUUAUAGCACUCAAUCCAUAUGACAAUGAUUCGUGGUUCAUGGUAGACUGCAAUGGGUUCUGUUCAUGGAACUUCAAGAAUAUGAAGCGCGACCAGAUCGCAGAGAUCAGAAAGCGCACUCUGUCCUACCUUCAGCGCCGCAGUCGCAGGACUGGAACCUCCUAUACGAGCGUCGCGACCACCGGAACGAAAACGGUAUCGAUAAAAGUAACGCCUGAGACUUCGUAUGAUGAACCUGCGAAGUCCUUGCUUCAACGCGCCCAAAGGCUCGCUGAUUUUCGCAUCCAGACGGGGAAUGGACACAGUAUAGGGCUUCCACAGGCGUUGAAGCGACCCGCUGUGGCCGCUGGAUGUGUGGCGGGCGUAUCUACGACUGUGUUGGGCAGAGCAUUUGGAUUGAGGUUAGGAUCAGCACUUAAUCUUGGAGUCGCUGCAGGUGCAAUUGCGUGUACAGUCGUUUCUCAAAAUAUGAAUCGAUAA